UAUAAAACAAUGAGAUGGGGAGAUACCCUCCUCUUUUCAUAUCCACUCCAGUUCAGGUUGAGAAAAGCACGUCCCAAGCGAAUGAGGACACGAAAUGGAAAAUAGUUCAACUAUUCGAAACAGUCAAAUCGAGAGAACAAGCAAUCGACUACUUGGUUGGUCCYGGAUGCUUGUUCCACCCCAGGAACGACCAGCUAUACUUGUUCAAUUAUUGAGUACACAUGUACUAAACUUAGCACAAGCAUUUUCGACAUGCUCGACCGCCGGUCGGAUGCAAUGUCAUAUACUCAAACCUAUAAAUUGGGGCCCACCACUUCUUUGUGCAUGUCCUUCCUUGUCCGAAAGAUCUAUUAAAUCACUCUCGUUCUCAUUCACGGGAGUGAGAGAUCAAACUCACAACUUUAGAUUGUGGAUAUAUGUCAAAUAUCGAUGAACUAUGCUCACUUUAACCUCAUUCACUUGGUUGUCCAAGCAUAGUUGGUAAUUAGUUUUAAAAUACUUUUAAAAUUGGCCUAAACCCCAAUGGAUUGUUUUAUUAAUAAGAUCCAUGUGGCUGUGGUUGGGUCUGGCUGCACGUGCGAGACGAGAAGAGAUCUGUAUUCACCGCAGCAGAGAAAGAGUAUACCACACCACUUCAGAGACGAGACGAACUCCAUUUUAUUUUAAUAAAGUCCGAGUCGGGAGUCGGGAGUCGGAGCAGCUUCCAAUUCAACCCCACUAUUCCAGAUUCCCGAUUGCAGUGCUGCAACAGUCAGGGCCGCGCCGACGUCGUUUUCAAAUGGAGCCUAUUUCGUAUGAGAGGAUUAUUGGUAAAGGAAGCCGAAGGCGUUCCCAAUCGGCACGGGGCUUCCGCCUCAACUCUAGAAGAUUCUCCGUCUCCAGGCUCCGGGCGAAGUUUAUGUGCCUGCUGAGGAUCUUAAACAAAUGGCGCCGAUCGAUUAAGAAGAUGAGGAGAUCAAAGGCGGAAGUGGCGGAGUUUCCGUGGUGCACCGAUCGCCUGAGAUCGUUCCGCCGCUCCAACUCCUUCUACGCCGAAGCCAUGGCGGAUUGCUUGGAUUUCAUCAAGACCAACACCUCAUCAUCCCUCUCCGUCGCCGUUGAUCAACCCAUGGUUGAAUUCCGCCAUCCUUCGCCUUAACAAUUUCCUCUGUUUUUCCUUUUUUUUCCCUUAUUCAGAAAAGAAAAAUAGGCUCGCCCACGCUACAACCUGCACAUAUUUCCUAAUUAUCUCAUCAAUCCAUGAUCAUCCAAAUCAUAUUUCUACGCAAAUUAGAAUAGGAUGCUGCACAUCUUCUGCAAAUGCAAUCAUUGCAGUUUUUUUUUUUACUUGUAUAAUAUUAUUUAAAAUCUUUCCUUUUCACAUCUCAAUUGAUCGGUUAUUAUUUUAAGUCAAAUUCAUUUAUAUAAUCGAUUUUGCAUCAUAAAAUCAUUUUAGUUAUUUUUCGGUAGUCCCUUGCACGGCAAAAUUGCCUGCCUGGACGGCCUAGUGAGUCUAAUUGAUUCAAUUUCCAAAUUUCUGCUAUUAUUAUUUAACAAGCCUAUACAGUGUAGGCAGUCGACACACGGCAUCACAUCACUUUUAUUUAUCUCGAAACAAAUAAAUAACAUAAUUUGUAGAUCGAUUUUAAUUUGUUAACAUGUUAUUGUGGUGGAAGUUUCGAUAUUCGAUUUGUGGUUGUUUAAUCUUGUCUAUACGAUUGAGUAUAGAGGAGGUUUGUGUAAGACUAUUGAAUUUUAUUAUAUUUUAUUGAGAGUUUGGUUGUGGAUGUGUGUUUAAUUUAACUUGACUAAGAGUAUUAGUUGGAAUGAGAUGAGGAAAAAGUGGGGUUGGAUGAGUCGAUAUAUAAUUUUGGAAAUGAAUAUGUGGUACAGUAAAGCUCCGUGAUUACGCCACCUACUCCAUUUCCAUCUUU